AUGAAGCUUCAGUUCAUUUUGAUCGGUUUACUUUGCGGCCUGUGUUUUGGCCAAGACGAAAAGCGAAUUCGGCCGAAUCAGGGAAAUGUUUUCGAGUGGCUGGGUUCGAUAUUUUUACCACCCGCGACAACAACAACAGCGACUUCUACUCCAGUAUCAAGUACAACUACGACUACAACAAGGAGAACCACAACCACAACAACAACGACGACUUCAAGACCCACAGUAGCCAACUUUCCUAUAGACAGGGAUUGCGUUUCCUGUCGCUGUGGCCUUAUUAAUACCCUAUAUAAAAUCGUGGGCGGUGAGGAAACGCGAGUUCAUCAAUAUCCCUGGAUGGCUGUGAUUCUGAUCUACGAUCGCUUUUACUGCUCGGGAUCUCUGAUCAAUGAUCUAUACGUCUUGACAGCAGCACAUUGUGUGGAGGGAGUUCCACCGGAACUUAUUACCCUGAGAUUUCUAGAACACAAUCGUAGUAAUUCCAAUGAAGAUAUCGUCAUCCAGAGAUAUGUUUCCAGGGUAAAGGUGCAUGAACUGUAUAAUCCGCGAAGUUUCGACAACGAUAUAGCCAUUCUGCGGCUAAAUCAGCCGGUUGAUAUGGAGCAUCGCCGACUGAGACCCAUUUGUCUGCCCGUACAAUCCGACAGUUUUGAUCACGAAUUGGCAAUCGUCACUGGUUGGGGAUCUCAGAGGGAAGGAGGACCUGGCUCCGAUACUUUGCGGGAGGUUAAAGUUGUAGUGCUGCCCCAAUCGGACUGCCGGAAUGGAACUUCCUAUAAACCAGGGCAAAUUACGGAUAAUAUGCUGUGUGCCGGGAGUAUUUUGGAGGGGGGCAAGGACGCCUGCAGUGGCGACAGUGGCGGUCCCCUUCAGACGACCUUCGACGAGCAGCCGGGCCAAUAUCAACUGGCUGGGAUCGUUUCCUGGGGCGUCGGUUGUGCCAGACCCCAAUCGCCGGGAGUUUACACCAGGGUCAAUCAGUAUCUUCGCUGGCUGGGAUCCAAUACACCGGGAGCUUGCCACUGCAUGCCCUAUCCAGAGGAGGAUUACUGA